AUGGCCUCAGCCCUGGGUGGCGGAGUGCCAAGCAUCCCGCCGCAGGUGAGCGGCUUGAAGAUUGUGAACGGACAGAACGCCGUAUCUGGCUCCUGGCCCUGGCAAGUCUCCCUUCAGGAUGCCUCUGGAUUCCACUUCUGUGGAGGCUCCCUAAUCAGCCAGAACUGGGUUGUCACUGCUGCCCAUUGCCGUGUCAUUCCUGGCCGUCACCAAGUUAUCCUGUCAGAGCACGAUCGUCAGUCCAAUGCUGAGCCGAUCCAGGUCAAAAGCAUCUCCAGGGUGAUCACCCAUCCCUACUACAACAGCCAGAACUUUAACAACAACGUGACCCCGCUGAAGCUGUCCUCCCCCGUCCAGAUCACCUCCCGCGUGUCCCCUGUGUGUCUGGCCUCCUCUUGCACCCCCUUCCCCUCUGGAACCUGCUGUGUCACCACUGGCUGGGGCAAGACUGGCACCACAUCAAGCCCCUGUAUCCUCCAGCAGGUGACCCUUCCUCUGCUGAGCUCUGCUCAGUGCAAGCAGUACUGGGGCCAGAACAGGAUCACUGAAGCCAUGAUCUGCGCCGGAGCCUCCGGAGUUGCCAGUGCUCCUAACCUCUCCCUUCUUCUCCUCCAUCUCCAGGAUGAUUCUGGCGGUCCUCUGGUGUGUCAGAGCAGUGGCGUGUGGUUUCAGUUGGGCAUUGUGUCCUAG